AUUAAAUAUAUUCAAAGGGUACUUGUUAGAUGGAGGAGUACUACAAAAGGUGAAGAGUGUAAGGAAAGUCGGACGGCUCGUCGGCAAAGAAAUCAAAAACAUCUUUGUAUAUAUCAAUUCUUCUUAGACUUUUUCCUCUCUUCUAUACGACGUUAACUCCUUUUCUUCUCUACCCAUCUUUGAACAAUCGGAAAACUAACUUUCCGGCAGCAUUCUUGAUUUUCCGGCAUAGCAUUCUUGAUUUUCCGGCGAGAUGGCCGGAGGAGUACCCCCACAAAGGGAGAUCCAAAUCCAGGUCCAUUCAAAGAAAGGGGGUAACUCAGUAUACCCAGUAGAGCCAGCUACAACAACAGCUGGAGGAGGAGGAGGACCUACUGGUGUUUAUAGAGAAAUUAAGCAUUUCAAGAAGUGGUUUCCAUGGUUGAUACCAACUUUUGUUGUAGUUAAUAUAGUGACAUUUUUUGUGACCAUGUAUAAGAAUAAUUGCCCCAAAAACUCUGUUUCUUGUUUUGCUGGAUUCUUGGGUAGGUUUUCUUUUCAGCCUUUCAGUGAAAAUCCUCUUCUUGGACCUUCUUCCAACACACUGGAGAAGAUGGGUGCUUUAAACGUGAAUAAGGUGGUCCACGAACAUCAAGGGUGGCGCCUUAUUACUUGCAUGUGGUUGCAUGGUGGAGUUUUUCAUUUACUGGCCAACAUGCUGAGUCUUCUAGUGAUUGGCAUUCGGCUGGAGCGAGAGUUUGGAUUUGUGCGCAUUGGUCUGCUCUAUAUCAUCGCUGGACUUGGUGGCAGCUUGUUCUCAGCUCUAUUUAUUAAGUCAAAUAUAUCUGUUGGUGCUUCUGGUGCACUUUUUGGGUUGCUGGGGAGCAUGCUUUCUGAACUCAUAAUCAAUUGGACUAUAUAUGCUAAUAAGAUUGCAGUUUUAGCGACCCUUGUGGUCAUCAUUGUUAUAAAUCUAGCGGUUGGACUUCUCCCGCAUGUUGACAACUUCGCUCAUAUUGGAGGAUUUGUGUCUGGUUUUCUUCUUGGUUUCGUAUUUCUGAUCCGGCCCCAGUUUGGUUGGGUGAGCCAGAGAUAUGCAUCGAACGCAUAUUCGACAUCAGCUAAACCUAAAUUCAAGGUGUAUCAGAUGGUCCUAUGGGUUAUUUCUCUUGUUCUUCUGAUAAUUGGGUUCACUAGUGGCUUGGUCAUGCUUUUCCGCGGAGUAGAUUUGAAUGAUCAUUGUUCCUGGUGCCAUUAUAUGAGUUGUCUACCCACUUCAAAGUGGAGUUGCAAAACAGAGCCUGCUUUUUGUAUGUCCGAGCAAACGAGUAGCCAACUCACGUUGACGUGCUCCAACAGUAACAAGACGAGAUCAUAUCCUUAUUCGAAUCUAAGCACGUCUCAGAUCCAGGGGCUGUGUAGUCAGCUCUGCCGUUGAUUAGCCAUCACUUGCAAUUUAUUUGUAAAUUGAUGUUUUUUCAGAAAUUAUACACUAACAUUUGAUCAACAGUUAUGUUUGUUUGUAUUGGAAAAUAUUCUUAUAUAGUAAAAAAUUACACGGUUCA